GGGAGGAGGAGGAGGAGGAGAGACCUGCUCCGGUGCAGGAUUAACCUACUAGUGCAGUAUAAAGGGUGGGUUUAAUCUGAGCAAAAGCCCAAGGGUUAUUUUUUUUCUCAACAGAGAACAACAAACGGCAGCAGAACACAGCUUCUCCACCGACGGCAGCGAGCGCUUAAGGACUGAAGGAGCGAAGGAGAGCGAAUCACAUCAGGAGGAGAAGAGCGAGCCCCAUAAUCCAGAGGUGAUCAACUGUUUGGAAGCCAAAAAGGAGGAAUUUCAGACGCAGCCAUGACUCAGGGAAAGAUCUCUUUGGCAAGUAAGACUCCUAGUGGGGCCCAAGGAGGUGGGGCUGUACCAGAAUCUCCACCAAGCUAUGAAGAAGCAACUACAGGCUCCAGCCCAUGUCAUAGUUUUGAUGAAGGAGAGGUGCUCACCGAAUUCACCUGGGAGGACAAAAACAUCCGUCGCAUGUUCAUCCGUAAGGUUUACUCCAUCUUGAUGAUCCAGCUCUUUGUCAUGGUGGCUAUUGUAGCUCUUUUUACAUUCUGUGAGCCAGUGAAGAUCUGCAUCCAGGCCAACCCUGGCUGGUACUGGGCAUCUUACGCCAUUUUCAUUGCCACCUACCUAACGCUUUCCUGCUGCACUGCUCCAAGGAGGAAGUUUCCAUGGAACCUGAUUCUCCUGGCCAUCUUUACUUUGUCUCUCUCCUAUAUGACAGCGAUGCUAUCCAGUUUUUACAACACCAAGUCUGUUGUGAUCUGCUUGGGCAUCACUGCUCUGGUCUGUCUCUCUGUCACAGUCUUUAGCUUCCAGACAAAGAUCGACUUCACCUCCUGCCAAGGAGUGCUCUUCGUCUUGUGUACGGUGUUGCUCUACUCUGGAUUAUUCCUGAUCAUUGUUAUCCCCUUGGGAUAUGUGCCCUGGUUUCAUGCCAUCUUUGCCAUAGUGGGAGCAGUACUUUUUACUCUGUUCCUGGCUUUGGACACACAGUUACUGAUGGGGAACAAGCGCCAUACUAUCAGUCCUGAGGAGUACAUUUUUGCAACACUCAACAUUUACCUGGACAUCAUCUAUAUGUUUUCUUUCUUCCUUCAGCUUUUUGGGUCGGAGAGGAAUUGAUUUGUAGCCGGUACUUCAACAUACCGAUGUUUCGUUAUUUCCGGUUUUUUUAUACGUUACCCAUUUUACAUCAGACCCGGCAUAAAGCCCUAUCCCACCUCACAUCCAUGCUACUGAUGUUCGAUUAAAGCUAAAUCUAUGCUCCUUCGCACCUUAUUUCUAGUAGUUGAUCCAGAAUGUAGUUCCUCUCGUACAUAAGAAACCAGUGGAUUAGGACGUACGUAAAAAAUGAACCUCACAGCAUAUUUGGAAGCGGUACUGAACUUAAUCGCUGUUCACCAGUUACUGCUUAUUGUUCAGCUCCAUCGGCUGACCGACUGUAUCAGAUUACAUAUAGGCUCCUUUGUUUUGAUGCAGUUUUUAGUUUUCAUAAAAACGUAAUAUGCCCAAAAGCUUCAAAUUACUGCUUGUGAUAAACUGCUUGACCCUCUAAACCUUAUUACUCACAUUAUUAAGUGACAAAAACAAUGAAAUAUUUAGGAGGUACGUAGAGCUGAUGUGAACUAUACUAAUUACUUACAGGCAACGAUGAUACUGUUUAUUUCCAAAGCUGGAGAAAAGGUCCCGUAUAUGCAAAUUAUACAGUACCUCGUGUGUGUUCUGCAUUGUUUGAACUGGGCAGUGCGCAAAAUGAUUUUUGUUAACUUUA